UACCACGUCUGCUGUACUUUUUGAGAUCCCACCUCCUUUAGAAAUACUAUGUUAAUUUUUUUGAAUCAGAAAAUAAUUUAAAAAAUUCAGCAAGUUAAUUCUUCUAUAUUACACACAAUUAGUGCUUUAAACAGUUUAGUAUCGAGUUUCGAAUCUUUAAAUUUUAGUAAACAUUGGACAAAAAGUUCUUUGGUAUUUCUAUUAGAAGGUUAAAGAGUUAAAUAUUACAAUUAUUGUAAAAUUACGUGAUGACGUUUAUAUUACGACCCUUAACGUUAAAGAGUACAUUAAAAAAGACACUUUUAUCAAUUGAUUGUUUCAAUAAGAUGAGAAAUUCAUUAGUGCAUACAUCGAAACCGUUAUUACAUGGAGAAUACGAAAUGCAGGAUCCAAAAUCAGAAGCCGAUAUAGUAAAUAUUACAUUUGUGGAUAAAACAGGAAAAAAAAUACCAGUAAAAGGUAAAAUAGGAGAUAAUGUACUUUAUUUAGCACAUAGAUAUGGAAUUGAAAUGGAAGGGGCAUGUGAAGCUUCUCUUGCUUGUACUACAUGCCAUGUAUAUGUACAUUAUGAUUAUUUAAAUAAACUUCCACAAGCAGAGGAACAAGAAGAGGAUCUAUUGGAUUUAGCACCUUUUUUAAAAGAAAAUUCUAGAUUAGGUUGUCAAAUAAUAUUAUCUAAGGAAUUGGAUGGUAUAGUAUUAGAAUUACCUAAAGCAACUAGAAACUUUUAUGUUGAUGGUCAUACUCCAGCUCCACAUUAAAAUAGAUAUCAUGUAUAAAUAUAUUUAAUUAAUUAAUUUGUAUAUCUUAGCAAAUGAAUUUGCUAAAAAAUAUUCAUAAAUUGUAUAAAAGAUAGUUAUAUUAUUUAAAUAAAUAUGUUAAUUUUCAUAAAUUAA